CUUGUCUCAAACUCCUGAUCUCAGGUGAUCCGCCUGCCUCGGCCUCUCAAAGUGUUGGGAUUACAGGCGUGAGCCAACACACUGACCUUGUUUCUUGUGAAGAGUGCUGUGUAACUAGAGCACAAAGUUGUCCUUGUGCCUGGCACGGGGCCUGGUGCAUUCCUACUUGGGGAGCAAAUGGAUGCCUGAGGGACGGGGGAUUAGGGAACAGAGUGGCCUCAGAGACCCUAGGAAUUCACUCUAUUCAGUCCUCUUAUCGUCCGCAGGCCUGGCCAGCAUGAUCCAGAACUUGGAGCCACUUCUGAAGAAGCAGGACUGGGACUGGGUGCUCCCUGUGGCCAAGCUGGCUAUCCGCGUGGGGCUGGCGGUGGUGGGCUCUGUGCUGGGUGCCUUCCUCACCUUCCCAGGCCUACGGCUGGCCCAGACCCACCGGGACGCGCUGACCAUGUCGGAGGACCGGCCCAUGCUGCAGUUCCUCCUGCACACCAGCUUCCUGUCUCCCCUGUUCAUCCUGUGGCUCUGGACAAAGCCCAUUGCACGGGACUUCCUGCACCAGCCGCCGUUUGGGGAAAGGCCCUUCUCCCUGCUGUCCGACUCUGCCUUCGACUCCGGGCGCCUUUGGCUGCUGGUAGUGCUGUGCCUGCUGCGGCUUGCGGUGACCCGGCCCCACCUGCAGGCCUACCUGUGCCUGGCCAAGGCCCGCGUGGAGCAGCUGCGAAGGGAGGCUGGCCGCAUCGAAGCCCGUGAAAUCCAGCGGCGGGUGGUCCGGGUCUACUGCUACGUGACCGUGGUGAGCUUGCAGUACCUGACGCCGCUCAUCCUCACCCUCAACUGCACACUCUUGCUCAAGACGCUGGGAGGCUAUUCCUGGGGCCUGGGCCCAGCCCCUCUACUAUCCCCCAACCCAUCCUCAGCCAGUGCUGCCUCCAUCGGCUUUGGGGAGGACGAGGUCCAGCAGACUGCAGCGCGGAUCGCCGGGGCCCUGGGUGGCCUGCUGACGCCCCUCUUCCUCCGCGGCAUUCUGGCCUACCUCAUCUGGUGGACGGCUGCCUGCCAGCUGCUCUCCAGCCUCUUUGGCCUCUACUUCCACCAGCACUUGGCAGGCUCCUAGCUACCUGCAGACCCUCCUGUGGCGCUGAGGUCUUGUCCUGGGUCAGCAGGACACUAGCCUGCCCCCUCUGUGUGUGCCCUCGUGUCCCCAGCUGCAAGGUGGGGCCGGACUCCCUGCUGUUCCCUUCACCGCAGUGCCUGAGCCGCGGCCCUCCUUGGACGCCAAGUUUCUGCCUCAGAACUGUCUCUCCUGGGCCCAGCAGCAUGAGGGUCCCGAGGCCAUUGUCUCCGAAGCGUGUGUGCCAGGUUUGAGUGGUGGGGGUGAUACUGGCUGCUCUUCUGAACAAAUAAAGGAGCAUGCCGAUUUUUACAAA